GGAGAGGAGAGGUCCAGCUGCAGAGAGAGAGAGAGAGAGAAAGAGAGAGAGAGAGACGACUUGAUACGACAAUGGAAGCAGCCUCGAGCACCCGGUAGAAGACGACGAGAAGGCGAGGAGAAAACGAAAAGCACGCACGAGGAAGGCUUGUAAAAACGAGGGAUUUAAGACUCGGCUCGCGCGCCUAACGCGGACUUCUGUUCUAAAAUGGAGCAGUGAGAUUUUGGGGGGGGAACGAGGCUCUGUCUCCAUCACUGAGAGGCGCGUCCACCUGCUACGAGCCGAGGCCCGGAAAAAGAGAAGAAAACAUGGAGAAGUGGUUGCGCUGAAGGGGGGAAAACGUUUAUCCGACCGGCCCGAGCUUUGAUUUUAUGUGAAGUGAAGCGACAUCUCAGUCAGAGGUGGGACAGUGGAGAUGAUGCACAAGCGGAGUGACGCCCUCUCUCAUUGAUGGAUGUCCUAAAGGAGACCGGUCUCCUUGUGCCGGCUUUGAAUUCAGUGCAGACCAAUGCAUUGGACCAGACUGGAUCAUGUGAGCUGAGAGGUAAUCUAAAGCUGUAUGCUGCUGCAGAUAACACCUUUCCCCUAUCCUCCUCGGUUGCUGUAUUGAGUGCCCAAAGAGGUGGUUCUGACGGCCACAGAGUAGCACUGGCAUUAAGAGAAUACUGCAUCACUAGCCCACCCUCACCACAGACUCUAACUGAGGCUCCAGAGCAGCCCACUGAUGAAUCCAGCAGCUGUGCCAUAUCCCUCACAGCUUGCGUUACCAAGGAUGUAAAUCCCUGGUCCCUGUCAGAGGAAAGUAAUAAACCACCCCUCACCAUGAUGGAGCCAAUGGGCAUAUCUGGGAUGACAGAGGACUGCCUAAUCCAGCAAAGCCGCACUUGCCUGGGCUGUAUCAUUGAGACCAAGGAUGCACUGGAUAAUGAGCCCAUUAUCAACCUGAAAAUGACGGACAUGAACCGUGAGUAUGAUGGUUGCUCCAUCUCCAACAUGCAGUGUAUGGGCCUCAGUGAAACAGGCAAUUGCUCUGAGCAGCUUCUGGCUGACCAGCUUUUGAGCUUUCCAAUGCCCAAAUCACAGAUGGAGGAGAAAAAGAAUUUAGAUAAAACAGAAAAUGACCCAGAUCAGACAUCCAGAAACAUGUAUGAAGGUCUUUUGCUGGACAAAUGCAAUGGAGAGGAUGGUCUGCUCCCCAGUUCAAACCAGGACUGGGGCUACAUCGAGUCCUUUAUCAGUGAGAGCAAAAUGGAAUUACUGGACCUAUGUUCAAAAAAUGAGCUCUCAGUAAACCUUUUCUCAGAGGAGGAUGUGGAUAACUAUAUGUUUGACGAUGAUGAUGAUUCUGCCCUGAGCAGUGACAUGUGCUCGUUGAAAAUCCGCUACGAGUCUUUCCAGGACAACAUGAGGGAAAAGACAAAUGUCCUGCAGGAGGAAACACAGUUUAACUUCUUUCCCAGUGUUCUGGUAAACUCUACGAAAAGUGUGGAUAGUGUGGUAAAGAAGAGUGCAGAUGACCUCUUACCAAAACCUGAUGACCUUGCACUCGAGAAUGAACAUAAAGAAAAUGACAGUGAAAGCUCCUUAGAGCGGGCAUCUGAUUACAGUCCAAAAAUGAACUACUUUAUCGAUUCUAGCAACUCAACUGAAGACUCAGAAGACUAUAGCGAUGACAGCUCUAGCACAGGGUCCUCCAUUGACACUUUUCAUGAAAGCAAAGAGAGAAAUUUAUUUUUACGAAAGAAUGUUUGCUCUUCCAACCCACUAAACUAUGGAUUAAGAGCAAAAAGAAAAGUCAGGUACAGUGAUGACUACCUUUAUGAUGUUGACUCCAUUGAAAGUGAAAAAAACAAUGAAAAGCGUGAACAGACACCUUCUGGUCCGAGACAGGAAGAGGAUGAUGACUGGUGCCCUAAAAAGAGAAGAAAAUCUUCUCGCAAAGAGCCACCGGUGAUAGUCAAAUAUAUUAUUGUCAACAGGUUCAAAGGGGAAAAACACAUGUGUGUAAAGCUGUGCAAAACUGAUCCAACAGUCACGACUAUAAGUUUAAAUGAGAAUGCAAUUAGUGAAUAUGAAAAAUUGGCUCCUCUGAAGGAUUUUUGGCAGAAGAAACAGAGGGAGCAUGAAGAACAGCUUAGACUGCAUGCAGGAGAUCAACACUAUUUACAUCUUAAUGGCCGGAAUCGACCAUUUAGUUCUAGUCCUCCUAAAAGGAAACAUAAACUAGCAAACAGACUUAGGUUUCAGAGGAUUCGAGCUGUGCUUCAAUCACCUCACAAGCAGGUCUCUUACUCUGAUCUGAGGCUGGAAUCUGGCUCUAAAGAAGAGACAGCUCCCACAGCAAGACCAUUAACAAUAUCAGACCCCAGUUGUUCGAGUACAUUAGACCCAAAUGACAUCAUACACACUGUUACCCCAAAGAGCAGAUCACAAGAGAGGGAGGAGAGGAGAAUAGGGAAUAAAAUGGGCAGAAUCCGGAAAUUCAAAAGUGAAGCAAGACUCAGAAGUGAGAAAAUGAAGAAAUUUGAAGAGAACAGUGAAAGCAAGACAAACAAGACUGAAGCAUGUGCUGAGACAGAAAAUAAGGACACUGCAGGGGGUGGGAACGAAACAGAGAUCACCUCAGCUGCACACAGUCCUCAGAGUCAAACAGCUGAGACUGCUGAAAAAAUAGUUUUCAUGUCUAGCACCUGCUCGUAUAACAAAGCUACAUCAUCUGAUGAUGUGGCCACAGGUAUGUCUGUUAUCCCUGGGGGCUAUCUGCAGACAUUGCUGGAAGCCUCUGAAUCCUUAGGUGGCUCUAGCGGCUCUUUUUUCCCUCAGCAGAACAACAAUCCCAGGCAACAAUCUCUGGGUAUCUCUUUGGAAGAGCAGCAGUUUGCUUCUCUUCAGCUGGCCCAAAGCUGUGUACUGUCCCCACCCUCUGAAUCAGAGCUCCAACAGUCUCCUCAGAACUGCCCCAGUCUCUCUCAAAUGUGGCACACCCAGCUUGAUCCAAAUCAGCAGUUCACUACAGAUAUCCCUGAGACAACGGUCUUGCCCAGCAGCUUCCCUACUACCAUGUCUUUGCCAAUCUCAGAGAACCUUGCAGUUCCAGGGUACAGUCAGAUGGAGCUGGAUACCAACAGAAUACUUUAUGAAAAAAAUUACAUGCCUGAGCAGACACUGCCACCUGAUUCAGAUUUCCAAGCAUGUCAAGUUCCCAAUGUGGAAGGCCAGCUACAGUUUCAGAGAGGGACACUGCACAGUGACAAUGGAAGGCUCAUAAGUUUCGACUCAGUUGGCUCGUUGUCAGCUACUUCCAGCAAUUACAGCUCUCUAAGUAUCAAAUCAUGUGAGAAAGAUGGUGAGAAUGAUGUGAAUGAGAACUUUCUGGCCCACUGCAGUCCCAAACUGGUGAUUCAGCAGAGCAUUGAUGCAAUCACACCACUGAGGGAGUCAACAGACUUGCUAGAUAUCUCCAAUUUCACUCCAGAUAAAUUCAGACAUGCAUCACUGUCAGAGCUCUCACCUCCUGAGACACCCAACUUGUCCCCGCAGGUCACAUGGCGAGAGCUGAAGAUAUUGGGAAAUCCCAAGGUUCUACAGAAUGGGUCUGAGCUGACAUUGGAGGGUGCUCAAGAGGUAAAAUGGAAUUGCAGUAUGAUAGAACACCAGGAACACCUGGGUGGAUUUGCAGUAGAUAAUCACCAGUAUCAGUUGAACAGCUCUAAUAAUGACAACCAUAUAAACUUGGAAAAGAAGUCUAUGAACGAAACUGACUUUGAUGAGCAAGGUGCUGACCUGACCAGUGGGAAAAAAGGCUCAAAGAGGAAAAGCAGCAACAAGCAAACUUCAGGACAAAGUGCUAAAAAAAGCAAAGCAACCAAACCAAAAGCCGCAAAGGGAGAGAAGGUCAAGACCCCACGACAGAAUUCAAGAGCAUCCAAAAAGCUUAAAGCCUUAUUGGAUGAAAAGGCUAAAGGCCAGCUCGGGGACUCAAAGUGUAUGACACACCAGCUGACAGAUAGCAGCUCUGAGGACUGGACAGGAAUAGGCUGGUCAGAGACCAACAGCUACACGGAUGACCAGCGAGAGUUUGAAGAGCCAUCCAACAUCCUUUCUAACAUAGUAUCAGGAAUGGCUGAAGUGCAGCGUUUCAUGAUGACCUCAAUUGAGCCUAUAUGGGGCCCUGCAACAGACAUCUGUUUACCCUCAGAGGCAAAUAGUCUAAAGUUAAAAACUCUCAAAAUCCUGGCAGGUACCUCAUCUGAGCCCAAGAAAAAAGGUGCUGUGUCUGCUGAAGGUGCAAAAGGCAAAAAAGGAGGGGGCAAAUGUGGCAAAAAUCAAGCUAAGUUCAAUGCCUCUCAUCCCCUUUUCCCCCAAUUGGCUCUGGGCUGUAACAUGUUUGAUAAGUCUAAUCUUGGGGUACCAGGCAUAAAUGGACCUGCACACAAAAAAAUGUACCGUCACAAAACCAGCGCAAAAUUUCCUCGGAUCGAAAACCUUAAAGGCAAGCGGCCCGACCCAAAUAAGGACAUAGCAUUGAUGACCUCAUUUGAAAAACUGAGGUAAUAUUUUGUAACUAGCUGCUGAUGCACGUUUCUCACUUUCCCCCACUUCCUGCUCAGCCCUUAAUCCCUGGCAUACCUGCACUGACUCUAAGCCAGAGAUGCAUGGAAAUUACCCUUGACCCACCCUCCUUAUUUUGGCCCUCUGAAGAAGAUAUAGAUAUCUUGCAUGAGAAACUACAUGUACUUACAAACUACCUAUUGAGUGAUUGUGCAAGGCUUGAUUGAGAUUUUAACCUACCAUGGCUGCAUUUUCAUUAUGCUUUUGCAAUUUUUCCUUGUAGUUGUUUUGGUUCUUUUUGUCUGAAGAUAAAAAAAAAAAAAAAAAAAAAAACUUCAUAAAUGCAGUGUGUCUUCUUGGGAGCCAUUUUUAAAAGUUAAAUUUGCUACCCUAAACGUGUGUUAUUAUACUUCUUUGUUUGAAACGUAGCUAUUUGGAGAAAAAUGAUGUUGUGUAAAGUAAGCUCCCCGAUUUGAUUUUGUAUGCAAAACAGGAUGACCUCGUCUUGCGCUCUCCCACAUACUGCCUGACUUUUUCCAAUUCUAAAUGCUCAUCCUGCUCUCUUGGAUAAGCAACAUCCUUUGUAGGCCCUAAAAACAUCGAUAGCACAUAUUGGGACCAUUUUGUAUCAAAGACAUAUCAGAUUUACAUUUUGUCCUAUUUUUUCUUACUGAUGGCAUGGAAUUAUAAUUUUAUUCUUAUGCUUUUACUAUGCUUUUACAGGAGUAUUACUGGAACUUAUCUUAGAGGGACAUUUCUAAGCCAUGGAAACUCACUUUUUUUGGUGUCCCUGUACAGAAAUGCACUAUUUAAUGACAAACAUGAAUUCUAAAGAUCAAUGUGCCAAAUGUAAACUCUGUGCAAAUUUAUUAUCGAUAUAAAUACUGGCUGUUGAAUUUACUACUCAUAAGAAUUUUGGCCGUACCCUUUCAAGACUGUGAGAGUUAACAUUCCAGAUUUUUUCCAUUUUCCUUUUGGGAUCCUAUAUUGUGAAGAGCACCUGCAGCUGACAGUGGUACAUAGCCACUCACAUAACCAAAACAACAAGACUGAACUGUCGACUUUUUUCCACUGACUUGCCAAAAUCAAUUUACCUCAGCAUUAUGUGGCUUUGACAAACAAGGAAUGAUGAAAAGCACAGAAGAUAUGGACACUGUCCCAUCUGCGUAAUCAAGGACACCAUACUGACAUUAAAGGGUGAGCACGGUAAUGAUUAUGUGAUUCUUUUCACUGAAGUUCUUGGGAAUGCCAGUUUCAGGUUAUUUUAAAUGAGUGCUAAAAUUAAAUGGAAUACUUUUGGAGAAAUUUACAUAUUUUCUACAUGCCUCCAAUGAAGGUUCAGGAAAGAUGAAAGUGUACAAAAAUCUCAAAUGUAACUGAAUGAUUAAAAUAUUUGCUAUUUAGAGUUCAUUUCAGGAACUACAUGGCUAACAAACACUUAAUGGAAGAUUAUGACCACUAAUUUAUGAAGGUCCAGAAGGCCAUCCAUUAUUUAUUUCGCCCCAGUAUUCUCAAGACUUAUUCUUCACAUAUUAUUGAGGUAGGAAAUUGUUUUAUCAAGACAGUAAUCUGGUCAGUUAGACAGAGAUAUAUACACUUUUAAGAAAUGCAAAUUAUUAAGCUUAAGUGUAGCACAGUGGGUAGCGUUGCUGUCUUUCAGCCCCAAGGUCCCGGGUUUGUGUCUGAGCUCACGUCAUUGUCUGUUUGGAGCUUUGUUUAGGUUUUACGGUUUCCUUCUACUCCUUCAAAAAAUGUGCAGGUAGGCAGAUUGGUGACACUAAAUUGCCCCAGGGUUUGAAUGUGCAUGAAUGACACCCUGCAUCUUGUUGUUAUUUUCUAACAGUUGUGGGAGCUUUGCACAUUAACAGAGUUUGACACAGCAUACUGUUUCGUAGCCAGUUAACUGACACAGCUUGAAGGAAUAUGCAGAAAGCUAGAAGCGACUUGGUUAAAAAUAUAGAUUUAACUUUAGUACAUACUUAUUUCGUUACAUAGCAAUUGGUGUCUGAGGACUUGGGUUUGCCUUUAUUGGUUGAUAAUAAUUGGUGAUCAUAAACUUCUACUACUUGUUACCAUUAUCCAUCCAUCCAUUUUCUAUACCCACACAUUGGGCGAAAGGCAGGGGUACACCCUAGACAGGUCACCAGUCCAUCACAAGGCCACAUAUAGACAGACAACCACACACACUCACUCUAUGGGCAAUUUAGAAUUACCAGUCAACCUAAUGUACAUGUUUUUGGACCAUGGGAGUACCCAGAGUAAACCCGCACAGGCACGGGGAGAACAUGCAAACUCCACACAGAAAGGCCCCUGCCUGUUCGAACCUGGUAUUUGAACCCAGGACCCUCUUACUGUGAGGCAACACCACCAAGCCACUGUGCUGCCCUACAUUAGCAUUAUUUCAGUGAAAAACAAAGUCCAGUUGCAUCUGAAGUAGGUAAGGCAUUUAGGGUCCACAAAUUUGAAAAGUACUGUAUGUGAAUCCAAUUUUCCCUAUUUUGCAUAUCACAUAUCUGGUGUACCACUAACACUGGUGGAAUAAUGUCAACAUCCAGCAAUUAAAUGAUCAUUAUCAUCCGUGUGUUAUUUACAUAUACACAUAUGCACAACUUGUUACUGCCUGCAUUUUGUACAUCUGAAUGGAAUUAUUGUUUACUAGAUGUUGGCAUUUUUUCUGCAGUUUCAUCUGUGAAGUUUUCACUCAUAAAUGCUUACUAUUCAAAUCUCUUGUGUAUUGACUAACUAAGUCAAGAACCAGGACCUGUUGCUACAUGCUUACAGAUAUAUUAACUAAUAUCAAGUUAGGGAGAGCACGGAAAUUAAACAUUGACCUUGAAUUAUCCAUUUACACCCAUCAGCCAACACCUGUACACCUACCCAUUCCUGCAGUUAUCCAAUCAACCAAUCAGGUUGCAGCAGCACAAUGCAUAAACUCAUACAGAUUUUUCUCCAUACAGGUUAAAAGCUUCAACUAAUGUUCACAUAUUCACAAAAUCAAAGACGGUUUCUCAAAUGAUUAGUCUGUCUGGCCCCAAAAAACUAUGGUCAAAGUCAGAUCAUUGAUUUUCCCCAAUUCUGAUAUAAGAUAUUUAAGAAUAUUAACUGAAGCUCUUGAUGAGUGUCAUGAUUUUAAAGCCUUGCACUGCUGCCACAUGAUUGGAUAGCUGCAUGAAUACAGGUGUUUCUAUUAAAAUGGCUGGUAUGUGCAUGACAUUGUAUUUAUCCACAUUUGAUUUAAAAAAGCGAUAUUCUAGAAAAUAUUUAGAGGGACAGGGGACAUGGAAAAUGCCUUAAUGCCUAAAAAGUAUGCUCGUUCAUUACUGCAACAUUUCAACAUAACAUUUUUGCUCAGUUUUGCUCUGUGUCCUUUUGCCUCUCUACAUUCUGUCUAGCAUGCCAUAAUUAAGGACCAGGACAUGCUGGUGAUGGAAAAAAACUGCACAUGGGCUGUCAUGCCCUCUUGCCUGCCUUCUUUCAUUUCUGCCUAUUUUCAAUUGAAUGUACUUCUUUGAGAUUUGUACAGUGUGCCACUGUUGAGCUGCCUCUUCUUACUGGUGCUAAGAAAGCAAAUGUUCAUCUCCCUGAUAUGACUAUAUCUAAAUAUAUAUAGUUAUAAACAAGAGAAAACCCUAAUCCUCUCUUUAUGAAUGUAUAAUAUAUGGUUAUGUUUGAUGUAUCCACACCAUAAUUAUUUGACGUUAAUUGGAUUACUUUUUGACUGAAAAGAUUAUUGAGCUUUAUAAGUAUUGUCUAGAGUUGAUAUUAGAGGGAUUCUUAACAAACUCUUGACAUAACAAAAAAUACUGUAUAUUUUUCUCCGUGCCAAUUUGUAACAUAUUUUCUAAGUGUAUAUUUUUCUUAGAAAGUGCUGUGAAGUAUUAGUAUGUGUGAGUAACCUUUUUUGUGCCUAUGCAGGCAGUGAAAAGGAUGGAUAAUAAAAAGGUUUCUGGUUUUAAAAACCAAAAUAUCAAGUAACCUAAAAAAAAAAAAAAAUUAUCGACAUUUUUGUUGGGAGUUUUGUAUGACGAAAUUGACCUUGUUGUGGGAGUAUUGUGUUAUUGUGAAAAACACAAAUACAAAAUCGAAGAAAAAUGAAGACAAAAAUCUAAUUUGUGAACUAUUUGCUGUUUUAUAGAUUUUUUCAUGUAAAUUAUUCUAGUAUUUUUUGGUUUAUGUUGUAACUGUUGCAAAAGUUUUAAAUAUUUGUGAACCCGCCUGUAUGGUGACAAUGUAAUAUUGGUAACUUGCUGAGUUUUUGUAAUAAUGUUUAUGGAGUAAAUAUACAAAUUAAAAUGAGAUUUUGAAUGCUGCUUUUGGAAAUUGUCAACAUUUUUCCUGUCACUAUUUUUUUUUUAAACUGCCCAAAUCUUCUUAGUUGCUUGACUUGUAUAUGUGAACCAUGGCACUUCACAUGCUGUUCUUAAUCAUGGG